ACGUGUCUUUGUGGUUUGUUUUGCAGGAUGACAUCACCUUGAUGAAGGACAUGAAACUGAACCAUUAUCGGUUCUCCAUUUCCUGGCCGAGGAUUUUACCAAGCGGACAGAAAACUGAGCUCAACGAGAGAGGAAUCAAAUAUUACGAGGACCUGAUCAACAGGCUGCUGGACAAUCAGAUCACGCCCGUCGUUACUUUGUACCACUGGGAUCUACCACAGGUCUUGCAGGAGAAGUACGGCGGCUGGCAGAACGCCAGCAUGGUGAACUACUUCAACGACUUCGCCGACCUGUGCUUCCAAAGAUUCGGGAACAGAGUGAAGUACUGGAUCACCUUCAACAACCCGUGGUCCAUCGCGGUGGAGGGGUAUGAAACCGGGGAGCACGCACCCGGCCUGAAGCUGAGAGGAACGGGAGCAUACAGAGCGGCUCAUCACAUCAUCAAGGCUCAUGCCCAAGUGUGGCACACGUACGACAUGAAGUGGCGAAGCAGACAAAAAGGCCUGGUUGGGAUCUCGCUCACGGCUGACUGGGGGGAGCCGGUGGACAUCACCAACCAGAGGGACAUCGAGGCCGCGGAGAGAUACAUCCAGUUCUACCUGGGGUGGUUUGCUUCUCCCAUCUUCAGCGGCGACUACCCUCAGGUCAUGAAGGAUUACAUCGGCAGGAAGAGCGGCCAGCAGGGCCUGGGAGCUUCGCGGCUGCCUGUCUUCUCGCCUCAGGAGAAGAGCUACAUCAAGGGAACCUCCGACUUCCUGGGCCUCGGGCACUUCACCACCCGCUACGUCACCCUGAAGAACUACCCGUCGGGCCUCGGGGACAGCUACUUCGCCGACCGCGACCUGGCCGAGCUGGUGGACCCGCGGUGGCCGGACCCGGGCUCCGAGUGGCUCUACUCGGUUCCCUGGGGCUUCAGGCGCUUAUUGAACUUUGUCAAGAUGCAGUAUGGAAACCCCAUGAUACACGUGACGGAGAACGGCGUGUCGGAGAAGAUGCUCUGCACCGACCUCUGUGACGACUGGAGGAUGCAGUACUUCAAAGACUACAUCAAUGAGAUGCUCAAAGCCGUGAAGGACGGGGUGAACGUGAAGGGUUACACCGCCUGGUCCCUCCUCGAUAACUUUGAGUGGGACGAGGGCUUCUCCGAGCGAUUCGGACUCUACUACGUCGACUUCAGGAGCAAAACCAAGCCGCGCUACCCGAAGGCCUCCGUGCACUUCUACAAGCGCAUCAUCAGCUCCAACGGCUUCCCCAACCAGAGAGAGGUGGAGAGUUGGAAGAGGAAAGCCGUGGAGACCUGCUCCUCCAGCAACCAGCUGCUGGCCGCGGCUAGAAGAGAACCCCGGGGGGGUCGCGAUCAGGCUUGGCCAGUGCAUGAUGAAGUUUAGAUCCGCUGAUCGGCCACAUGGAGAUGGUGACGGAGAUCGUGGUUCCCACCGUGUGCACGCUGUGCAUCCUCCUCAGUGCCGUCUUCCUCAUGUUCCUGCUGCGUGGACGCCUCUGAAGACACACACACACACACACACACACACACACACACACACUUCAUCCUGUCGAGAAUAUUCGGUUUAUUUAACUGUCCUGCUGGUCUAUUUUGAACAAACACUUUUCCAGGUCGUCACCAUCGAGUCGGAAAAUCCGGCACUAGUUUAACAGUUAUUAUCAUUGAAGCAUGACCUCAUAUCCACGAUUCAUGAUGGUGAAAAAUAAAAGAUGUCCAGCGCAUUCAUA